UGCACACAAACACACCCUCCUCUCUCUCUCUCUCUGUGUGAGAGAGAGAUUCCUGUGGACUCCACCCUGCUCUGCUCUUCACUGUUUCCAGGAAAUGUUCUUCAGUGCUGCUUUACAUCUGUUAGCUGCUGCUCAACACACAGCAGAACAGACCUGAGGACACACAGACUGAACUCCACAUUAACCCAGCUGCAGGAGCUCAUCUGUACUUUGGAGGGUUUUGUUGUAAACAGGGAGGGCGUGGCCGACAGAGGAAAGCCUGUUUCACCGCUGGGAAUCAUUUAUCUGUCUCUCUCUGGUUGACAUCUUCUUAUUUGGCAAAAUGUCCAGGUCAGACUACCCUCCAGGGUACGACGACAACUAUGGCCCGCUGUAUGCACCUCAGGGUGGUGGGAAUUACCCAGGGGGUGGUGGGAAUUACCCACCACCCCCUGCGUACGGCUUCCCUGGCUUUGGCGGUCCCCAGCCCUCUGCUCCCUACCCGAGUGGUCCAAACGCCCCUCUGUACCCGGGCCAGUCAGGUGGCUAUCCUCCCGGCCCGUACCCAGGACAGCCUCAUGGUGGUGGGCCUCCAGGACAUGGCUACCCCAAUCCCCCUCCCAUGCCUCCUAUCAUGCCACCUACCAUGCCAUCCGAUAUCAUGAGCUCUGGUGAUGAGUUUGCAGCGAGCGGCAGCGGUUGGGACAGUAUGAGCAUUCGGCAUGCCUUCAUCAGAAAGGUGUAUUUGAUUUUGGCGUCUCAGCUCCUCGUCACCACGGCCAUCGUGGCCGUGUUCACGUUUGUCCAACCUGUCAGAACUUUCGUACAGAGAAACCAGGCUAUCUACUGGGCAUCAUAUGCUGUGUAUUUCAUCACCCACAUGGUGCUGGUCUGCUGUAAGGGCCCCCGGAGGAAGUGCCCGUGGAACGUCAUUCUGCUCACCAUCUUUACCCUGGCGUUGUCCUACAUGACUGGAUCCAUUUCCAGUUACUACGAUACAAAAGCGGUGUUUCUCGCUCUGGGGAUCACCGCUGUCGUCUGCAUCGCCGUCACCGUCUUCUGCUUCCAGACAAAGGUGGACUUCACAAAGUGCCAGGGCCUGUUCUGUGUCCUUGGGAUCGUAGUAUUCGUGACCGGCAUCAUUUCGACCAUCGUGCUGUCAUUCAAAUAUAUGCUGUGGCUUCACAUGCUCUACGCAGCUAUAGGAGCCAUAGCUUUCACUUUGUUCCUAGCGUACCACACGCAGCUGCUGAUAGGGAACAGGAAGCACUCCAUCAGUCCAGAGGAGUACGUGUUCGCCGCGCUCUCCAUCUACGUCGACAUCGUCCAGAUCUUCCUUUUCCUGCUGCAAAUUAUCGGUGCUACGACCAAAUGAGUGCACCCGAGGGUACGCGACCAGCUUGGGUCAACACGGUGCAGACGAGUGCCCGCAAAACCAUUCCGUGCUUUUUAAAAACCUCUUGCUUCGUUUUCAAGUCAGAAUCAUAAAAACAUUUAUAAAAUCCUGAAGCACUCUGGUGAAAAUGUUCAAGGGCUGAGUUUGAGAUUUUGUCAAAAAGAAAAAUGCACUUUUUCUGAAAUGAAUAUUUCACUACCGUAUAUCUGAAUUAAGCAACUUUUCAGUGGUUCAAAAAGAAUAUUAAUACUACAAUAUAAAUAUCUAUAUAGACACUGGAAUGCCAGCUGCAACAUGUAUUCACUCUUGCUGGACUUAAGUUAAGGCAGACCGUGUCUCAACAUUUUCCUCUGCAUGUAGAUGUGCUGUUAUACAUUUAGAGCUGGGGCCCGUCUGUAUAGAUGUAUAAAUGGGCAAACAUGUUUAUUCUAAUGUUCAAACCACUUCUCUGGUUGGCUUUGAAGUACAAGUAAAGGGGUUGGGCAAUACCACAAAAUAAUAAUACCAGUACCAGGAUCAUAUCAAUACCGAUAUAUUGAUUUAUUUAAAGCAGCUAAUGUUCUUUCAUGUAAGAAAUAUCAUGAUUUAUGAAGUGAAUGAAUCAUCAAUAGGCUAUUUCUAAAUAUUUACCAAUGAAUAGUUUUCAAACAUUAGGCAUUUAUUUUUCAUAUUUGCUUCUUAAUUACUUAAAGGAAUAGUUCCACAUUUUGGGAAAUGCGCAUAAUUUGCUGUCUUGCUUAGAGUCAUAUGAAAAGGAUUGAUACCACUCUCGUGUCUGUACUGUAUUAUGGUGCCUUCAAAUGGAGUCGGGUUUACACCAUUGGAAGUCGUGUUCACGAUAUGCGUGGCGUUCAGGUGUUUAAGUCGUGAAGAACACCGCUGCUAAGCAACGGCAAUAUUAACGUUACCAUC